UGUAAAACAAAUAAAAAAAAGAUCGGAGAGGUAGGGUUUUGAGGAAAAAUUCGGAAUCAUGAGCUCGUGUAGGAGCGAGCGUACCUUUCUAGGGUUCCCGCAUGCGGCGGCGGCGGAGGCCGCCGAGCGCGGCGGCCACGCGGGGUGCUACCGCGGCGGCGGCGGCGGCGGCGGAGCGCCGCUGGAUUUGUGCACGGAGGGCCUCGGGUUCGAGAGCGGCGACGGGCGCGUCGGCGCCGACGAGGCGGAGCUCGACGAGAUCGCCGCCGCUGCGGUGGAUGGGGGAGGGGAGCGGCGCGUAUAUGAGGGCGGAGAGGAGGGACGGACGGCUGAUACUGAGGGAGGUGCGGAUCGAGCGGCCGGAGGUCUUCCACGCGUCGCGCGAGGACGGGCGGCUGAGAUUGCGCCUGAUCGGAUCGUACGGCUCCGAUGACGAUGACCAUGAUGAUGAUGAUGAUGCUGAGGAGUGUUGUGUAGUGAGGAGUGUGAGCGGAGGAGGGGAGCGCUUUCGGAGGUGCACGGAGGCGGUGGGCGGCGGCGGCGGCGGCGGUAGCGGCGGCGACGGUUUACCGCCGUGGUGGAGCAGCCGCCGCUGCGUCACCAUGGCGUGAGGCCGGGACCGAAAAACCGGUCGCAUGCAUUUUGCGGCGGAGCCCAAAAAUAUUUUUUUGUAAAAGCAGAAGUAGCAUCAAAUAGACAUUUAGCUCGAAAAAUAAGAGCCUAGUUCUAAUUUAUUCUAGCA